GUGGGAGGCGGGACGACGACGACGACGGCGUACGACCUGCGGGACGAGAUUUUGCGAGAGCAGUUUACGAGAAAUGUGCAGUUUUUCGGCGAGCGCGGGCAGACGCGCGUGCGGGACGCGUUCGUGGUCGUCGUCGGAUUGGGAGGGGUCGGGUCGCACGCGGCGCACAUGAUUUUGAGAUCUGGGGUGGGUAAGUUGCGGGUGGUGGAUUUCGAUCAGGUGAGCCUGAGCUCGUUGAAUAGGCACGCGACGGCGACGCGCGCGGAUGUGGGCACGGCGAAGGCGACGUGCCUGAAGAAGCAUUUUGAGAAAAUUUAUCCAGAAGCCGACGUGGACGCGCGCGUGGCGAUGUACGAAGAGGACGCGGAGGAUGAACUGCUCGGUGCGUGGGGGGGCGAUGGGCGCGCGCCGGAUUUCGUGGUGGAUUGCAUCGACAACAUUGACACCAAGGUGGACCUCCUCGCCGCGUGCGCGCGCCGAGGCUUACGCGUCGUCACCUCUGGUGGGGCCGGCGCGAAGUGCGAUCCAACGAGACUGCGGUUCGCCGACAUCGCCGACUGCGCCGCCGACCCUCUCGCGCGCGCGGUUCGGUAUCGAUUGAACAAAAAGUACAAGAUUCAAGGUGGAAUAAAAGCGUUGAUUUCGCUCGAAAAGCAACGAUGCGAGCUCGUGGCGGAGAUGGAGCUCAAAGAUGGAGAAACGCUAUCGGAUUAUCAAGUCAUUCCGAAUUUCCGCGUGCGCACGAUUCCCGUGCUCGGCUGCGUGCCCGCCAUUUUCGGCAUGGCGCUCGCGAGCCACGUGUUGACGGAGCUCGCCGAGGCGCCGUUCGAGGGCGAGCCCGUCAUCGUGCUUCAAUCAAAGCAGUACGAAACCCAGCUCGAUCGGUUGCGCGAGCGCGAGAGCGAGCGUGGGAGGGAGGUGUCCAACAUGGCGGUUGAUUUAGAACAAGUGAUGUACUUGGUACGCGAGACUUGGCGCGCGCUGAGCGCUCGAGACGACCAAAACAAACGCCUCAAGGCGUAUUGGCGAAACACGAGCGCACUUUCGUUGACGAGAUGGAACCCGUCGCGCGCGGCAUCUUUAGAUAAUCUCAUCCUGCUCACCACCGAAGAGUGUGAUGCGCACGACGCGGCGUGCGCCGAAGAGGGUGGUUUUGAGAAGCUCGUCGCCGCCGAACCCGAAUUCGCGCGCUUUGUCGAGACUAGACUCGCUCGCGUUCGCGCCGAUUUUGGCAUCGUGGACGACGCGCGAUAG